AUCAUGCAGUCACAGAAUAUGUUUAAAGUUUUUGUUGCACAUGUUCCUUGGACUAUUAGCAAAAAAGAACUGAAAGAGUAUUUUUCAAAAUUUGGUGAUAUUGUUUAUAGCCAAGUCUUAUUUAACAAAACUACUGGGAAGAGUAAAAAUUUUGGCUUUAUAAGGUUUGCCGAUUCAAAUGGUUAUAAUAAUGCCAUAAGUUCAGAGCAUAUUUUGGAAAAUCAAAAGCUAAAUGUAUAUCCAGCUCAUCAUGAUGCAUCAAAUACAAUAUCAAGAUUAAAUCAAUCUCCCAUACGUGCAAAGCAAUUUUUUGAUAUUGAUAUAAAAAAUAUCAUGAAAUAAAAUGCCUCUUAGAAAAUAUUGUUGAGAUUAUCACUUAAUCAUGAUAAAUUUGAUAUAUAUUUUUUUAAAAUUAUCAAUUAUAUUAAAAGCUACUGGAGUAGGAUAUUGGUUUCAGCAUAACUUAGAAGAAGGUGGUGGGGGUAUUUUUGUAAUUUUAGAGAUUAAUAUAUAAACAAUUUAAAAAUAAUUUUGUAAACCAAGUUUUAAUCAAAUUAUCCAAAAAAUGAAUUUAUAGAAAUGAAUUGCAAAAAAAAACAA